AGGGUAGUGAGUUUAAUUUAGUUUAAUAUGAGCGACCAGCUAGAAAGCAUUGAAUCCCUCUUUGAGAGGGCUCUGAAGCCUGAAGAUUUCAAAGAAGUGCAGAGAAUAAUUUAUGGAAAACCCUUGAGGAAACUCUCUUUCGAACCGAAAGUCGAGGCUUUAGCCAAUGAUGAAGACUUUGAAAUUAAAGGAUUCCAGUUUUCAUCAGCCCAAGAACAACUUAGAGCACCGAGGCUGGUCAGGAUUGGAAUCAUCCAGAAUAAAAUCGCAGCAUCUACUUCCGAAUCGAUUUCCGAACAGAGAAAAGCGAUACACAAAAAGGUUGGAAAUAUGCUCGAUGCCGCUGGCAGCUUAAAAGCAAACAUCAUCUGCCUGCAAGAAACCUGGGCGAUGCCCUUUGCUUUCUGCACGCGGGAAAAACUACCUUGGUGCGAGUUUGCAGAGUCUGCUGAAAACGGAGAAACGAUUAUCUUUGUUAAAAAGUAUGCUCAGCAAUACAAUAUGGUGAUCAUAUCGCCAAUUUUGGAAAGAGAUGAUGUGACAGGUAUAAUAUGGAAUACAGCUGUUGUGAUCGACAACCACGGUGAGGUGCUUGGAAAGCAUAGAAAAAACCACAUUCCAAGGGUUGGUGAUUUUAACGAAUCAUCGUAUUAUUACGAAGGCAACACUGGACAUCCUGUUUUUCAGACCGAUUUUGGCAAAGUCGCAAUUAAUAUUUGCUAUGGAAGACACCAUCCUCUCAAUUGGCUCAUGUUUGGUUUGAAUGGCGCCGAAAUUGUUUUCAACCCUUCUGCAACCGUUGACAAGCUGAGUGAACAUAUCUGGGGGAUCGAGGCGAGGAAUGCAGCAAUAACAAACCACUAUUUUACAUGUGCUAUAAACCGAGUAGGCACUGAGACUUUUCCGAACAGCUUCACCUCUGGAGAUGGCAAGCCAGCUCAUGAAGACUUUGGCCACUUUUAUGGAUCCAGUUACAUCACUGCACCCGAUGGGACAAGGACUCCCGGACUUUCACGUAUCAAAGAUGGUUUACUAGUAGCAGAUAUAGACUUGAACUUAUGCAGGCAGAUACAGGAUCACUGGGGAUUCAAGAUGACCCAGAGGCUUCCAAUGUACGCAGAAUGUCUUAAAAAAGCAUGCCAAUUGGAUUACAAGCCUCAGAUUAUCGGCUAUGAAAUGAAGAAAAAUACACUCGAACCUACUGAUAAUUAGCAGAAAAUUAUUUAUAAUUUCAUUAAUCAGUUUUUAUUAAUUAACCCUCAAUUUAACAAAAAAAUGUAAAAUCUAAAGAUAGGCAAUUUUUUGUAAUAUAAUAUACCUUUUAUAUGUAAUUAAGAUUUAUUAAAAAGUUUCUACUAAUUUGUUUUAACCUGGAGCAACCAAAUAAACACAUUUACGCCUUGA